CUCGAAAGCAGACCUCCUGCAUCAUCAUGAAACAUGGCAUGGCCUUCAGGAAACUCUCGCGGACACCAUCACAUCGGAUGCUCAUGCUUCGCAACUUGGUAACUUCCCUUGUCGAGCAUGAGCAGAUCAAAACAACUCUUCCCAAGGCUCGUGAGGCAGCAAGACUUGCUGAGAAGGUCAUCACGAUGGCGAAGAAGGGUCGGUAUGCGGGCUACCAACGCGCCUCCGGUUUCCUCCUCCAACCCAAACUUACCUCUAAGGUCUUCACCACUCUCGCCGAGCGCUACCGUGAUCGCCCAGGUGGCUACACCCGCAUACACAAGUUCGGCAACCGUCCUGGCGACAACGCUCCUCAUGCUAUCCUCGAAUUCGUCGAUAAUCCUCGAGACCUCAAAUACGAGAUGACUUCCCGCGCGGUUGGUUGGGAAGUUCUUGGAAAGGAGAUGCGGGAGAGGUCGGCGAAGACAUUAGCAGAGGAAGGUGUUGAUGGUGUCGCGGAGUUGAUGCAGAAGGAGUUGGUUCUUGGGCCAAAAGCGAAGGGAGAUUUGAGGCCGCGGACGCGGUGGAAUUUGCAGAAGGUGUUGAAGUACAGACCAACGGGUGCACUGACCGAGAUAGGAUUCAAGGCUGAGGAUCAUAUAGACUCGCUGCUCGCGAAACCCUUGUCCAUCAAGACACUUCGAGAGAACGCCGACAAGAAGGCCGCUGAUACAGCUGAGGAGAACCAAACUUACUUCCGCAGUCUUAAGGACAUCAAGAUGAACGUCGGUGACCGGGCGCCUGGCCAGACUCGUAGCGCACUAACUCUCGCGAGGGGAGGUCUUGGAUGGCAGCCAGGACGCAAAGUUCGAUGGUUCGAACGGCGCAAGCUUGGUGUUGAGAAACCUCUCGACUGGACACAAUUCUAAUGUGUUUCAUCCUUUACACUGUUGCCAUUAUCUUAUUUUGUUCUCUCGUUCUGCUAUGGGCACGCACGCACGCACGCACAUGCUAUGGAUCUGUAUACAAGUAUACAAUCGCACUCCGUCUCUAAUAACGAUCUGCCCGCC